UUCCCUUUCCCCCUCAUCUUCGUGUGCCUCAAGAUCUAGUAAGGCUUCCGCAUUCAAGCUGCGUCAAGAGGCUUGUUCGCGCUUGCAUACAUUUGGCGCCUAAAACCCUUCUUGCCUCUCACGAGCACCAUCGCGAUACACGAGGCCAUGGCGAGCGGGAAGAAAGCCCGUGCUCGUCGCGCACAGGCGCCCUUCGACGACGCAGAGGCGGAUGUCAUCCUGCGCAGCUCCGAUGGCGUCGACUUCCGCGCGCAUAAGCUCCUUCUCUCCUUGGUGUCGACGUUCUUCAGGGAUAUGUUCUCGCUGCCGCAUGUUGGUCAACGAGGGCCAGACGACGGCGAUCGCGCGGCUGGCGGAGCCCAGACACCGAUCGUAGAGGUCGAGGAGAACGCCGACCUGUUGGAGAAGUUCCUGCGAUGGUGCGAUCCCCGGUGCACCCCAUCGCCGAUAGCGACCUGGGAGGACGUCAACUCCUUGGUGACCAUUUCCAUCAAGUACGACGCGGUGUCGGUAUCUCGUCGAGCCUCUGAGAUCGUGCAGGGUUCAGCCCUUGUCGCUCAGAGUCCUCUCCGAUCGUACGCAUUGGCCGUCCGAUCCGGCAACAGGACGCUGGCAGAGAGAGCGGCCAAGAAGGCAUCACGGGCAGGCCUUGACACAUGGGAGGUCUAUGACGAUAUGAAGCACAUGCCAGUACUGGCAUAUCAUCGCCUCCUGGUCUAUCAUCUCGCGCGCGGGCAGCGAGCAGCUCAGAUAAUCGAGGAAUGGGGAGGUCGGCCUCACGGAGGAUGGGGUCAGCAGGCGGGGCAACCCGAUUGGGAUCACGUUUACGGAAGUGGAUGCACAGGUCAAUGGUGGACCCUGUACAUUCGCAGGCUUUGUGCUGAGGCGAAGGAUCGUCCGGAUGGUACGAGAUCAUCUGCUUUGCGCCGCUUGAGCCACGAUGCGCCUGACAGCGUGGACAAGCGAGGGCUGCUUUGUCGUUUGUGCGAGAGUUAUGCAAACGUGCACGCGUUGCGGUUCUUGGGUGACCUCGCUCCUGCUCUCGACUUCGAGUUGGGCAAGCAUCGAAGAUUGACCUACAAUUCGAUUGAGGUCACCUCGAGUCGACGGGAAACAUACUACUAUAUCCAGGGAGGGACAAAUAGCGAUGGCGGCGGAUCAGGCGGCCAGGAGACACCCACCAUGGACGUGGAGGAGGAUGCCGAUACCCUGGAGAGGUUCCUGCGAUGGUGCGAUCCUCGAUGCACGCCGCCGUUCGUGCAGGACUGGGAGGAUAUUCAGGCCAUGAUGGCCAUGUCGAUCAAGUACGACGCACCGUCGGUGGGCCGCCAUGUCUCCGAGUGCAUGCAGGGGUCGGCUAUGGUCUCCCACUCUCCCGUCCGCGCGUACGUCUUGGCGAUGCGGACCGGCAACAGGAGACUAGCGCAGAUGGCCGCUAGAGAGGCCUCGCGCGCAGGAAUCGAGACCUGGAAGUCUUGCAAGGAGAUGGAGCAUAUGUCCGGGCUCCUCUACCAUCGUCUCCUCGACUACCAUAUCGCCCGCGUCAAUGAGGCGGUCAGGAUAGUUGAAGAUCUGGCCGCCCUGCCAACCACGGAUUGGGAGAUCGGAGUCCCGAGAUGGAGCCAUGUAGAGGGAAGUGGCUGCACCGGGCAGUGGUGGAAGCUGUACGUUGAAAGACUUUGCGCGGAGGUCAGACAACGUCCGGACGGGUUCGGAUCUUCGAGGCUGCGUGAAUUGGCCCAGCACACGCCGACCGAGGUGGACAGGGCUGGCGUGCUCUGCGAGCUGUGCGUAAGCAAUGCGCACCCGCACGCCAUGCGCUUUUGGAGCGAAGGCGCCGUAGAGCUGGAUUUGGCGUUGGGCGUCGACGAGAUAGUCCUGCAGCUCGCUCAAGACCAAGUCAGGGACGGGGGGAGGGCGAGCAUAUGUACUUCUGAGGCAGCGGAUAGUGUUCGUAUACCCUUCUUACCUCCCACGACCAUCAUCGCGAUACACGAGGCAAUGUCGAGCAGCGAGAAAAUCCAUGCGCGCCGUGCGAAGGCGCCCUUCAGCGACGCAGCGGCAGACGUCGUCCUGCGCACCUCCGAUCGCGUCGACUUCCGCGUUCACAAACUCCUGCUCUGCCUGGUCUCGACAUUCUUCAGCGAUAUGUUCUCCCUCCCGCACAUCGGCCAAGGGGGGCCGCUCGCCAGCCCAGGAGGGUCCGAUGGCGGCGAUCGCGCCUCUGGCAGGUUCUCCAUACCGGUUGUAGAGGUCGAGGAGGACGCGGAGACGCUCGAGCAGCUGCUGCGAUGGUGCGACCCUCGGUGCACGCCGCUGCCGCUGACGACCUGGAAGGACGUUCAGACCAUCGCAGCGCUCGCCGUCAAAUACGACGCACCUUCGAUAUCCCGCCGGGUAUCCGAAUUCCUGCGUGGGACGACACUCGUCAAGGAGUCACCCCUCCAGGCGUACGCCUUCGCAGUACGAGUCAACAGCAUAGAACUGGCGCAGCUGGCAGCUAGGGAGGCUUCUCGUGCUGAAAUCUCCGCUUGGAAAGCUGGCAUCGAGCUGAACUUCAUAUCGGGGUCGGCGUAUCAUCGCUUGCUGGAGCACCACUUCGCGUGCGCUCGUCGCGGUGUGCAGAUUGUGGAAGAGUGGACUGCGAGGGACACGGACACUAAUUCGCCCAUUAUUGGGAUCCCUCCUUGGAAAAGUGUAUGGUCAGACCACCAUGGGCUCAAGAGAGGCACGUGUAGUUGCGGCCUGAACUGGUGGAAGGUGCUCACCCAGACACUGCGGGUCGCCGUUGAGAAGCAACCGAGAGGGUUGGGGUCGACAGGGGUAGAGUUUCCUCCCAAAGGGUUGGAUGGCACGGCACCCUCACUGUGUGAAAUCUGUAUGAAACAAGGACCUAUGUAUACAGUCAAGUUCAUCGGUGCGCUGGCCACUCAUCUUGACUCGGAAUUGGACAAGCAAGACGAAGGCAGGCGCAAUGAUAUUGGCCAUUCUCGGUGGGUUUGGGCGAAGGAUUGUUGCACUUCGCAGAAGGAAGUGACCGUCCAGGACAAAAUCAGGAUCAAAAUACUGACGGCGAAGAGCAGAACAUGCCCUAUCGGAUCUCGCUCCCCUCAUUUGAGGAUGACUUGGGUGGUUCCCGAGCGGCUUCGCUUUCCAGGAGAGUCACAAGCAUAUCUCGCCGCAGGCGGCAAAUGA